AUGUCAUCGACAAUAUUAUUUUAUUUAUUAAUGUUGUCGACAUUAACGACAGUGAAGACUACGACAGACGGAAUAUCCAAGAUCAUUGUAAAAAAUUACGUAUCGAGAUCGACGGAAGAUGAAAACUUGAGAAAUAUUUUGAAUUACGUUCAAAGCAAGCAGAUAUUCUCUUCAUCGAUAUUUUCUCUCGUUUCUUCCGAUGGUCGAUCUAAUUUCGUACAUCUUUUAUCUAAAUACAUAGCGAGCGAAUCCAUCGUUAGCUACAAGAUCACGGCGAACAACCUCUCACGGAAGUACACGUGGCAGAGUAGCGUUGAUCUUACAUGGAUUUUCAUCAUCGACAGUAUGAGUAUUUUGAAUUCUUUUGUGCACGAACAAGGCCAUAUCUGGAAGGCUGUCAAUCAAUAUUUGAUAAUUGUCACCACUCCGAACACGACUUCGCCGCGAGAGAUUUUUCAGACAGUUUGGAAGAUCUACGGUGUCUAUAGGAUCGUCAUUAUUUCGAUAGAAGACGACUUUCGAUGUCUAACAAGAUAUCUACCGUUCGAAAAGAACCGACAAAACAAAUACGGUGUCGUACGUAAGAUUUGUUUAAUGGAUCAGAAAGAUAAUGUCGAGCUCUACGCCAACUUGGAAAACUUGAACGGAUAUCCUAUACACGUGAUCAUGUUCCCAUUUUUGACAAAAAAUAUUACACCCUACGAUUAUACUACUCGUACGAAUAAUAAUGUUCAAAAUUUCGGCAAACUAGACUCGAAAGCAAUGUACUUGUUGGCACAAGCGAUGGGAACUGAAUUUAAUAUCACUGUGCUUCCUUCGGUCAAUUCAUUUAACGGAAGUUAUGAUCCAUUUUAUGAUGCUCUUAAAUACAUCGAGGAUGGUGAGUCGGACAUAAUCAUCAUCAGUUUCUUUGUUCACCAAUAUAAGGGAUAUCGGAGGUACGAAUUCACAGUUAGUCUUUAUGAGGACAAAGUGUGCUUAAUCGCACCCACGGCUGGUUUCGUGCCGAAAUCAUAUAUGCCAAUAAUGUCAUUCACGUCUAAUCUGUGGAUGGUUUUCGCGAUAUACAAUAUUCUCGUGUCCGUUUUAUGGCUCCUCAUAAAAUACUACAGCGUUUCGUUUCGUCGACAAAAGGCUGUUGUCCUUCCCUUAGCGAGAACGACGGAAUACGUAUUUUCACGGCGGUCGGAUUUACCACCGAAAAUACAUCCUUACAUUUCAUCGUGCUUCAACCUCGUCGAAACCUCGUGUUACCCGCUGAAGGAGAAGGAUGGUAGCACGACUGCUCAGAGAGUCUUCUUGGUCGGCACGCUUUUCUUCGGACUCAUCGUUACUAGUCUCUAUCAGGGUUGCCUCGUGACCAGCUUGAGCGAUCCCUUUCAUUACUCUGAAUUGAAUACUUUGAAAGAGAUCGCUUCCUCGAAUUUUACUAUCGUUACCAAGUAUAACAACUUGAAGGAGAAUACGUUCUCGGGAAACACCACUCUGGAUAAGAAAUUGCGGAGUAAAGUCAAAUUGUUAGUUUCUAAAAAGCGCACCUACGACUCCGUGGCCCUUAAGAAAAUGAUCGGCAUCGUCCGUCAUUCUAUGGUCAAUUUGGAUGACAUGUCCCAGUACUACGAUGAAGACGGCAACGAACUGCUCCAUUUAGUCGAGGAAUGUCCGACCACUUUCAUGUUAUCUUUCGUAAUGAAGCUCCACUCACCGUACCGAGAGAGAAUCAACGGAUUACUGCUACGAAUGCAACAAAUGGGUUUUGUUUGUCUGUGGUACGAACAAGUGGCUUAUCCGUCAUACGUGGCUCAACAGAAAAGGAAGAUGAUCAAGAGCGAGAGAAAGAUUAAACUGACCAUGGAGCAUUACUCUCUUACUUUCGUCGGACUUACCAUCGGUUUACUUUCUUGCAUCGCGGUAUUCUUCGCGGAAAUUUAUUUCGCCAAGAGAUCAUCAAAAUCACUGUAA